ACAGGUGGCACUGUUUAUUCUCCCAAUUCACAAUUUUACCUUCCAUAAUCCAUUUUUUCUUCUAUAAAAAAUUCAAUUUCUCUCACCCAAUCAAAACCAUAUAUUAUUAUCAACAUUUUAUUUUUCAUUCUUCCUUUCUUGCACGACCAUCUGAGUAUAGAACGAUCCCUACAUCUCCUCCUCCACCAUCGCUUGACAGUUAUUUUCCAUAUUUGUCCUUUCAAGCUUCAAGCCGUAGAACAAAAAACAAUGGCGAAUGCAGCAUCAGGUAUGGCUGUGAAUGAUGAAUGCAAGUUAAAGUUUUUGGAGCUCAAGGCGAAGAGGACCUAUCGGUAUAUCAUUUACAAAAUUGAGGAGAAGCAGAAGCAAGUUGUUGUGGACAAGGUUGGUGAUCCUGCAAAUGGUUAUGAUGAUUUCACUGCUAAUCUUCCUGCUGAUGAGUGUCGAUAUGCUGUUUAUGAUUUUGAUUUUGUCACCGAGGAGAAUUGCCAGAAAAGCAGAAUUUUCUUCAUAGCUUGGUGCCCUGAUAUUUCAAGGGUAAGGAGCAAGAUGAUUUAUGCUAGCUCCAAAGAUAGGUUCAAAAGGGAGCUUGAUGGGAUACAAGUUGAGUUGCAAGCUACUGAUCCUACUGAGAUGGAUCUUGAUGUGUUCAAAAGCCGUGUCAAUUAAUCUUUUGUGAUUGAAUAAAAUUUCUUAUGUGGAAUUUGUCUAUAGUUUGUCUGAUGGUCAGCUUGGUUAAUUACAUACAUAUUUGAUUUGCCAAGUUUUGACAUGAAGUCUAAUGCACCUGAAACUUCUCUUGUUUCCAUAUUAUGGUUUGUGACAUACUGGGUUUGUGUUCGUUUUAAUUUUUAGUCCCGUGCUUACUAAUCGAUUAA